UCAGGGCACAGAAGCGUCUCCUCUCUGAACAUGGAGGCUCUGGAUGAAGCUGAACUCUGCUUUCCCCAAAUGAACACAUCCUGCAGGAGGACAGCACGUCCUUAUGUGGAAACCACCCUCAUUAACAGUGUGCUGGCAUGCAUCACUGUACUCACUGUGAUUCUUAACCUGCUGGUCAUCAUCUCUAUCUCUCACUUCAAGCAGCUCCACACCACCACCAACCUCCUCCUCCUCUCUCUGGCUGUCGCUGACUUCCUUGUGGGUCUCCUUCAGAUGCCACUUCUGCUCCUCCACAACCAAGGCUGCUGGUACUUGGGCGACGCCAUGUGUGGCAUGCAUUACUUUUUAGGGUUCCUUGUUGUCAGUGUUUCAGUGGGAAGCAUGGUGCUCAUAUCAGUCGACCGCUACAUAGCAAUUUGUGACCCCAUGUUUUACACCACCAGAGUCACUCUGACCAGAGUUAAACUCUGUGUUUGUUUGUGUUGGAUAUUUUCUGUUGUACACAGCAGUUGGAUUUUGAGGGAUUUCCUGAGAGAACCUGACAUGUAUAACUCCUGCUAUGGGGAUUGUGUCGUUGUUGUCAAUUUCGCUGAAGGACUUGUCGAUCUAAUUGCGACCUUUUUAGGCCCCAUUUUGAUUAUUAUAAUUCUGUAUUUGAGGGUGUUCGUGGUGGCUGUGUCUCAGGCUCGGGCCAUGCGCUCACACGUGACCAGCAUCACACUGGAGCGUUCCCAGACUGUAAAAGCUGCAAAGUCUGAGAUUAAAGCAGCCAGGACUCUCGGUAUUGUAGUGAUCGUGUUUCUUCUCUGCUCGUGUCCAUAUUAUUGUUUUACUGUUGCUGCUGAGAGUAACUUGGUCGGGGCGUCAACAUCAGGCAUUGAGAUUUGGUUCUUGUAUUUAAACUCCAGUCUUAACCCCAUCAUUUAUGUCUUUUUCUAUCCAUGGUUCAGAAAAACCAUUAAACACAUUUUUACACUUCAAAUUUUGCAGCCUGGCUCUCAUGAAGUGAGUGUGAUGUAGAGAGAGCGAGAGAGCUGACACUGAAGUUGUUGUGAACAUAUUCAAUUCAAAUGUCUGAAUGUCAUCAGGUGGUUGUGUCAAGUAUUUUUGUUAUUUGGACACAAACAUUUUAAAAACUAUUUCUAACAUGAAAAAAAAAUCUGACCUAUAUAGUAUACUAAAUGAAUACCACUUCGUCAUCACUCUUUUCUGUUAUCAUACACCACCGUCAUUAGAGUCACCAUCAACAAAUCAUCUUACAUAAUCUCGCUUUAUAACUAAAUAAAUGUAUAUUAUUUGUUUCGUAAUGUGUUCUUUUUUGUACAAUAAUUAAACUGUAUAAACAAAACAAGAUCAUUAACACAGUGCAGGAGUGACAUGCAACAGCAGUAAAACACACCAAAGCAUAUCUUUCUUCACUGCUUUUUGAAUCAGUUUUGCUCAUAAAUUCCUGAAGAUCGUAAUUGGUAUUGGUCACAAGGAUUUUAUAUAAACAGUGCAGUUGAUCAUCAAAGCUGUUCCAUGUUGGUCUGCAUACAGUCUACACCUAUGUAUAUGUAUAUGUGUAUGACCUGACCCAUAUUACUAAUAUGUAAAAUAUCACAGUUGAUGGGUCAUUUGUGAGCAUAAGCGUUUGGUCCAGGGACAAAAAGUCUGUCACAUUUUUUUCUGAUUUCUCUUCGAUAAAGCAAGAUUGAAAUUGUGUGUGUGUUCAAAUGUACAAUUCUUCAUUUAUUACUAAAAUCUCUUGUAUGGAGGAUAAAACAUGACUUAUGUAUAAUGCAUAAAUAAAUUGUUACGACCCAGCUCGUUUUGGAGAACAGUAACGUGUGAUUUGGAAUUAGAAAUAAGGUGGAAUGUGACAACAGGACCGGGUUAGGGUAAAGUCAGGAGUUUAAUUAAAUAAGGAGUGUGCACUUGCACAAGGAAAUAUAACAAAAGGAGGCUGUACAGGUGCUGACAAAUAACUAAUACAAAGUGAGGUCGAAUAAAUGACCGCUAUUUAGCUCUUGGCUAAAAGAAACAACUAAAGAACAAAAGUAGAUCAGCACCCAUAAACUUACAAAAAUUAAGCUCACAGUUAACAGGAACUGAGGGCACACAAGCUAUUUAUACUGCAGCUGGGGUUGAUUGAAGAGUCUUGAUUAGUCGACUUGGUCGACUCACAGCCACACCAAUCACAGACGCCAGUGAACAGGAUGCAGGAAGUAGACUGCCUCUGCUUCGGAAGGACCAAUCCUCAACAGGGAAUCACACAGCAGGAUUUGCAUGCCUGGUAGAAUCACUCAUGGAAACAACACAAUGAAUAUACACUAAACGGCAGCCAGCAGCAGCCAUAAUAAA